UAAACCAAAAUGGGAAAGGAAAAGAUCCACAUCAACAUCGUGGUCAUUGGCCAUGUCGACUCCGGCAAGUCCACCACCACCGGUCACCUGAUCUACAAGUGCGGAGGAAUCGACAAGAGAACCAUCGAGAAGUUCGAGAAGGAAGCCGCUGAGAUGGGCAAGGGUUCCUUCAAGUACGCCUGGGUGUUGGACAAACUGAAGGCCGAGCGUGAGCGUGGUAUCACCAUCGACAUCGCUCUGUGGAAGUUUGAGACCGCCAAGUACUACGUGACCAUCAUUGAUGCCCCUGGACACAGAGACUUCAUCAAGAACAUGAUCACUGGAACCUCUCAGGCCGACUGUGCCGUCCUGAUCGUUGCUGCCGGUACUGGUGAGUUCGAGGCUGGUAUCUCCAAGAACGGUCAGACCCGUGAGCACGCCCUGCUGGCCUUCACCCUGGGUGUGAAGCAGCUCAUUGUGGGAGUCAACAAGAUGGACUCCACUGAGCCCCCUUACAGCCAGAAGCGUUUUGAGGAAAUCACCAAGGAAGUCAGCACUUACAUCAAGAAGAUUGGUUACAAUCCUCCUGCUGUUGCCUUUGUGCCCAUCUCUGGUUGGCAUGGAGACAACAUGCUGGAGGCCAGUGAGAAGAUGGACUGGUUUAAGGGCUGGACGGUUGAACGCAAAGAGGGAAAUGCUUCUGGAAAAACAUUGUUCGAAGCUCUGGACUCCAUCCUGCCACCCAAACGCCCCACUGACAAGCCCCUCCGUUUACCCCUGCAGGACGUCUAUAAAAUUGGUGGUAUCGGAACGGUGCCCGUCGGCCGUGUUGAGACUGGCAUCCUGAAGUCCGGUAUGAUCGUCACCUUCGCUCCCGCCAACCUGACCACUGAGGUCAAGUCCGUGGAGAUGCACCAUGAGACCCUGACCGAGGCGCUGCCCGGUGACAACGUCGGCUUCAACGUCAAGAACGUGUCCGUCAAGGACAUUAGGCGAGGGAAUGUGGCUGGAGACAGCAAGAACGACCCACCAAAAGAAGCGGAGGACUUCACCUCUCAGGUCAUCAUCCUGAACCACCCCGGUGAGAUCCACGCUGGUUACUCACCCGUGAUUGACUGCCACACUGCUCACAUUGCCUGCAAGUUCCAAGAGUUAAAGGAGAAGAUUGACCGCCGUAGUGGCAAGAAGCUUGAAGACAACCCCAAAAAACUCAAAUCGGGAGAAGCUGGCAUAGUGGUGCUUGUCCCUUCGAAGCCCCUAGUUGUGGAGUCGUUCUCUGAAUACGCUUCUCUUGGUCGCUUUGCCGUGCGUGAUAUGAAGCAAACCGUGGCUGUGGGUGUCAUCAAGUCUGUAACCAAGGUUACUAAUUCGAGCGGAAAGGUCACCAAGUCUGCACAGAAGGCCGGUAAAAAAAAAUGAAUUUGGGACGGCUCC